AUGGCAGCAAAAUUACUUCUCCCAGCAGAUGGAGAAGAUGAGUUCAUCGACAUGGAGAUCAGCUCCCUCUCCAAUUUCCUUCUCUCUCACACUUCUCCUUCUCCUAACCCUAAUUCAUCAGAAUUUGAGUUCCAGAUGUCCUCCUCCUCCUCCUCCUCCUCCUCCUCCUCCUCCAUCUUUCAGCACAGUGAGGCUUCUUCAACUUCCCCAGCUGACGAGCUUUUCUACAAAGGCAAGCUCCUUCCUCUUCACCUUCCUCCCCGUCUUCAAAUGGUCCAACAGAUCCUCCAAAAUCAACAAGAUCAUUCUUAUUUAUCAGUAAGUUCUGAUUCUGUAAAUGAUUCUAUCUCCAAUAGAAGCCCAAUUAAUAGCCAGAAAGAUUAUGGCUUUGAUGGCUUCUAUAGCUCUCCCUUGACAACUUCAUACUCAACACCAGUUACAGUAACUCCAUUUGAAUCCCCCAAAGUCUCACUCCAUGAGUCUUUUCGAGUUACGGGUCAUGAGAUGCUUAACCCAGAAGAAGAAGAUCGUGAUUUUGUGGACAUUGCUGAGAAAAACCAGAAGAAGAUGAUGAAGAAGGAGAAGAAGCAAUUCUUCUCAAUGGGUUCCAAAUUGAAGGCUUGGUUUGGAAAGAUAAGCUGCAAAUAUGAGUCAGCCUACGUGACAAAGAAAGUGGCAGAUGAAGGUUCGGCUUCAAGAUCUAGAGAGAGUAAUAAUUUGAAUCAUAAGCAGAAUGGGAAAGUGGUGAUGGGGAAGAAAUACCCAUUUCGACAGAUUAUUCAAAGAUCAGAUAGAGAGAGAUUCCAGUCAUUCUCAUCCAGAAUCGAGUUCAGAAGCAUAGAUAUUGACACAGAUCAAGAUGGAGGAAAGUGUGAGAACUAUGGAAGUAAUAGAAUAAAAAGAUCAUCAUUAGUUGCAAACAAUAAGUUAUGCUUCAAUGGUUCCUCUUCAUUUUCUGGGCUUCCAACAAGCAAGUGCAUGCAUGGAUCAUGUCAAGAACUAGAGAUAGGGAAUUUGAUUAUGGGAGCCAUUGCACACUGCAAGCAGUCUCAUCAGCAGUACUUCAAAUAA